AUAAACCACAAAUUUCACAAGAGAAAUAACUUAAUCAUUUUCCCAUCUACCGCGAACUCUAUUGCCUUAACACAACAUUUACCAACCUGUAUCGAACAUUUAUUUCUUAUAAGUAGAAUCGGAGAGAGUAAUUACACUUUGAUACCACUAAUCUGUUUUUGAUAAUCAAUGGCGAAACAAGUCUUAAUCACGCUUCUUCUUCUUUUCAUUUCAUCAACAGAAGUGGUCGAAGGGACAAAGAAGUCAUACGGGAUAUACGACAACAAAAACAACAACUCUGUCAAAUUGUUUGUAUUCGGAGAUUCAUAUGUUGACACAGGAAAUACCAUGCAAUCACGUUCGUAUAAACCACCUUAUGGAAUGACAUAUCCUGGUAAACCUGUUGGAAGAUUCAGCGACGGUCGUGUUCUCACAGAUUACAUCGCAUCUUUUCUUAAAAUCCAAACCCCAACAGCAUACGUAUUGAGAAACUCCUCAACUCUACAGUAUGGAGUAAACUUUGCUUAUGCAGGGACAGGUGUUUUCCAAACAUCGGUCGAUGGACCAAACAUGACUGUUCAAAUCGAUUCAUUUGAGAAACUAAUCCAACAAAAUGUAUACACCAAACAAGACCUUGAAUCGUCUGUUGCUCUUGUAAGCGCUUCUGGCAACGAUUACAUUGCCUUUGUAAACAAAGGAAACAUUAUAGACAUAAAAUCCUUCACCUCAUCCCUUAUCAAUCAACUAUCGAUGAAUGUUCAACGCAUUCACGAUUUGGGAAUAAAUAAAAUCGCAAUUGGAUUGUUGAUACCGAUCGGAUGUGUGCCUCGGAUAACUGCAAUAACUUUUCAUCUUAGCUGUGUUGACAUUUUGAAUUUGAUAUCUGUAAAUCACAAUCAAAUGCUGAUCCAAACUGUCCUACAACUUAACCAGCAAGUUGGAAAAUCGGUUUUUGUGACACUAGACCUCUACAAUGCUUUCCUGUCAACAAUUGAAACGAUGCAGAAACAACAAAAAGAAAACUCAACACGGAUGAAUCCGUUGAAAUCGUGUUGUGAGGAAGAAGGUUUAACAAAUUCUUGUGGAAGUGUGGAUGAUAAUGGAGAAAAUAAAUAUACUUUAUGUGAGAAUCCAGAGCUUUCAUUCUUUUGGGACAAUCUUCACCCUUCUCAAAAUGGUUGGCAUGCUGUCUACACUCUACUGCAGUCUUCUCUCGGUCAACUUAUUGAUAAAAACUAA